AUGGCCAAAUUCGAUCGCAGAGCCAAGUCGCAGCCGAAACAUGGGAAACCCUCAGACAGCGGUGCGUCGAAGGCGCCACCGCCGUUACCUCGCGGCCAUCCGGGCUGGACUGGGCCUGGUUACCUCCAAAAGAAGAAGCCUCGGCGUCCAUCUACAGCAUCGGGAUCAGCAGAGCCGCGGAGGCUUGAUAGCGUUCUCUCGGUGAGACUAGAGCAGCUGAUGAUCAACGUCUUCCGCACCGCCUUCCCCGCGUGCAACGACUUCGAGGCUCUGAAGCCGACGCUGCAGGAGAUCAAUCGCGCGCUUUCCUUGAGGGAAUUUGACAUAGCCUUUGGAAAGGCCGAAUAUCUGGAGGCAUAUGCGAUCCGUUGGAGCCCCAGCCGUGCGCUGGCGUACGCGCAGCUCAUGGCUUGGAUCUGUGAGGAGAUGGCUGAUGACGCUUGCGUCCAACGACUCAUUGGCUGUGACAGCGACAAUGAGCAGAAGACAGCCAAGGUUGUAUGUUUCGGGGGUGGUGCGGCUGAAAUCAUGGCUUUCUCGGGUCUUUUGCGUCAUUUACAGCCAUCAGCCGCAGUCGGCAGGCCAGAGUUACCUCCAAAUUGUGAGGAUGCCUCGAAAGACCUGCAAGCCUUAUCAGUCCCAGAGCGUGAAAUUACGCCACCACUCAUCAAUCUUGACCUGAUCGACACAGCCGACUGGUCUGCUGUGCUCUCGAAGCUACAUGAGUGUCUCGAGACCCCUCCGACCCUCUCAAAGUAUGCCAGCGCUGCGGCUCGUGCAUCAAAUGCCUCGUUCCUCUUGCCCGGGGCUGUUCGCCAUACAUUCACGCGCGCCAACGUGCUGAGUUAUAGCACAGAAGACCUUCACGCGGCGAUUGGUCCUGAUCCGGCGCUGCUUACGCUUCUUUUCACCCUGAACGAGCUAUACACAGCCUCGAUAUCACAAACCACCUCUUUCCUACUAAAGGUAACGGAGGCUGCUCCCAAGGGGAGCUUAUUGCUUGUGUUAGACAGUCCUGGGUCUUACUCCGAGACCGCUGUCUGCAAUGCCAAGGAAGGGGAAGAGAAGAAGAAGUAUCCGAUGAGUUAUCUCAUGGACUACGCCCUUGUGCCAAAACCGAACAAGAAGGCUGCGGAUGUUGUUCCUGAAAGUGGGGAAGACAAGUCGACUCCUGCAUGGGAAAAGGUCAUUUCUGAGGAUAACGUCUUGUAUAAGUUGCAACGGGAUUUAGAGUAUCCGGUCAGCCUGGAGAACAUGAGAUUCCAGGUUCACGUACUCAAACGUGUAUGA